AUGGCAGCUCCAGCGAACAAAUCCUUGAAAGACCUCAACGGAAAAUGGCUCAUGAACAAAACCCUUUCGGACAGCCCAGAAGCCGUCCUGGCCCUCCAAGGCAUAGGAUGGAUGACGCGUAAAGCCGUAGGCCUCGCGACAGUAACACAACACAUAACUCAGCAAGGUCCUUCUGAGGAGAACCCCUCGGGGCCGGCGGUACCGCUGAUCACAGUUGAGCAGACGGCGACGGGUGGGAUCAAGGGCACCACGGAGAACCGCACACUUGAUUGGACGUAUCGCGCGCAUUCGGACUGGCUGUUUGGCGAGAUGCAGGCGAAGAGUCGGUUUACGACGUUUAAGAAGAUUGCGGAGGAAAGUGCUGGGAAGACGCCGGAGGAGGCCGAUGCCAAAUUCCUAUCCGAAGGUUGGCUUCCCGAGACCCUAGACGGCGAAGUAGUCGAGAGCUUCGUCGACAACGAAAAGGGGAAGUGGACAGCGUGGCAGAUCUGGGGGUUCGCUGAGCCCAAGGAGAAGAAGGGCGAGAGGUGGUUCACCAGGAAGUUCGUCGUUCGUCGUAAGGAUAAGGAUGAAGCUGUUAAGGUCACCAUGGCUUAUGAGUGGUUGGAGGGCUGAUUCAGUCAAAACUUGGGGGUCGGGAACGGUUCUUUCUUGAUUGUAUAUGUGUGUAUAUAUUGGGGUUGUUUUGGGUAAGGGGAACAGGGGCGAUAUUGUGAGUCCCUCGAUGUUACCAAAACAUGUGCACUUUGACUCCUCUGUUCUCUUGCUCCCCCUUUUUUUUCCUCUUAUACUCGAGGGCUGGUGAUAGUGGAUUCCCACUUGGAAAAUGAUUCCAACGUCUUCGAAUAUUGCAACUCCAGAAAUGCCGAAGACAAACACCAAGUUCACCACGUUACAUCACACACAUACACAAUCUUACCCAACCCCCCUGAAAAUUCAAAAACCCCUCGGUUCCCCGAUUGUCUCACUCGGCACGCGCGCGCGGGCCAUUGCAGGAGAUACAUAGUAACAUGAGGUCGGGGAUGAGGGAGCAGAUGCGGCUGAACGAAAAGAGCACCAGUCCCUGGAAUGCUUUCGUGCACGGGUCUCAAAAUGCAACGUUUGUAUACGGAUACAUGUGAAGAGGACAUGGGGAAGAAAGUAACGUGGCGUAUUGUGCGUGUUACAC